AUGCUCCGUAGCAUGGUCUUGUAUUUGAUAACAGCCCUUCAUCUUCGGUGCGUUGACUUGAUAAGUCCACCACGUUGGGAUCUUCUCCCAAACUUCUUCGAUUUGCUUUUUUGAAGCUUCAGGUUAAAAAAAAAUCGUUUUAACAACAAACGGCGACUUUUCCGAUUUUUUCAAAUCGCUAGGGAACUUUCCGACUUUUUUUUCUCGAUAAAAUCUUCGUUUUAAAUCUUCCUAUAUAAAGUAGGUAGUUGGUUCAUGAUCAAAAACACAAAGAAAUAGGAAAAAAAUGUUUAUAAAUGUUUUUUUAAACCGAAAAAAACAUAAGGGAAAAAAAGUCGGGAAGAGAUCCGUCGGAAAGUUCCCUAGCGAUAUGAAAAAAUCGGGAAAGUCGCCGUUUGAAGUUUCGCUGGUGUUUUUUCCAUACCACCGAAAUUAUGAACGGAAACCCAAAAAAAACUUACCCAUUUUCCAUUUUCGCUCCUGAAUAUCUUGUUGAACGUAUUGUCAAACACUUGAAAAAAACUUUGAUUGGCCAAAUUACACUAUUUAAAAAAAUUUAUGGGACUUUUUCUUUUUUUUUUUUUCUCAUUGUCCCGAUCAGCUCGACAAAUUUUUUUCCAUCUUAUUUUUUUCAAAAAAAUCAAAAAAAGAAGAAAGAAACCCGAAUUGACUUACUUUUAAAUUAUUGUUGUCGAAAUUGAAACCCCCUUUUUUUUUAGUGGUUUGCUGUAGAACUUUUUUUGAAUUGUGACUUGCAAAGAGUUGGUUUCAAACAAUUUAUAUGUUCCCAUCGUUUUUUUUUCGCUACUUUUUUUCACAUAGAUUUAUACUUUUGCAGGGUACCUUCCUGUCGCAAUGACGAAGAUACAUUAUUCUCGGGCACCCGAAAACAGCACGAAGUCGUGCAAGGCUCGCGGAUCCGAUCUCCGUGUUCACUUCAAGAACACGUACGAGACCGCCAUGGCCAUCCGCGGCAUGCCCCUGAGAAGAGCUCAGCGUUACCUCCAGAACGUUAAAGACCAGAAGGAGCUCGUUCCCUUCUUCAAGUUCAACGGUGGAGUUGGUCGUAAAGCCCAGGCUAAGCACUGGAACACCACCCAAGGUCGCUGGCCAACCAAGUCCGCCGACUUCGUCCUCGACCUUUUAAAGUGAGUUUGAAUACUUUUUUUUAAAAAUUGUUUUCUUUUUUAUUUUUAAAACGGAAUCGUGAUAUUCACGGUGGAAAGUGAACUCCUUGUAUUUUAUUGUUUUUUUCACUAAUUUCAGAGCAUUAUAGAAGGAAGUAGUAUCAAAUUCUUGACAAGUUUUUGAUACUACUUCCUUCUAUAAUGCCGUGUUCAAAGUAAUUUCCGCGAAAUGCAAAAUUAUCUCUGACUCUCCAAAAUUUAGUGAUCUUUUCCUUUCUCUAAUGGGUAUUUUGCAUUUCGCGGAAAUUACUUUGAACACGGCAUAAUGCUCUGAAAUUAGUCAUUUUGGCAGUGAUUUUUCUUUUCAAUUCACGUUUAAUUUAUUUUGAAAAUUUUUAAAGAGUUGGUAUGAAUUUUAUUCUGAACGACUGCUGCUUUGAAUAAUCGAUAAAGUUUCAAUUUAUUUUUCAUUGGCGUUUUAGUUUUGCUCGAUCGGAAAGGUGAUGCCUUGUUCAAAGUACUUUCGCAGAUUUCAAUAUAGCCGUGAAAGAGUGAAAAAGAGAACUAAAUUUUGAAGAAGAUUUAGAGAUGAUUGUGAAUUUCGCGGAACUUGAUUUGAGCACGGCAUUGAAUUCGUAGGAAAUAUUUAGUUUUAUUAGUUUCAAACAACCAAGUUUUUAAGGAACGCUGAAAGCAACGCCGAGUACAAGGGUUUGGAUGUUGACCACCUCGUUGUCGACCACAUCAACGUGCAGCGUGCUGCUAAGAUGCGCAGAAGAACGUACCGCGCUCACGGAAGAAUUAAUCGUGAGUUCUAGAAAAGAGAUGAUCUAAAUUAUCCCAUAAAUCUUCAGCGUACAUGUCCUCUCCAUGCCACAUUGAAGUCAUCCUCGCCGAGAAGGAAGAUGUCGUCUCUAAGCCGGCUGAAGAUGUCCCUAAGGUCAAGAAGGAGUCCAAGAGAAAACAACGCCGUCAGUUGGCUCGUGGAGAGUUUUAAGAAUUUGUUGUUGAUAAAUAUUUGUUUGUUUAUCCCUGCGAGAUUCUUUUACACACUGUUUUCACAUUUUGCAUAUCGAAUUUGAAAGUAAGCUAAUCUGAGAGAAUGAGAUAGUUCAGUUCAUCUUCAUGCUAUUAGCCUUUAACAGAGCUAGCGUAAGAACAGUAUCGAUAUUGGGAGAUCUCGCAAAAACUUCUGUAAAUGAUCAAUUAACUCGUCUGAAAGAGCAAAAGUUGGAUCGAAUAGAGCGAGAGUCAAGCCGAGAAUGCCUUCUUGCUGCGUCUCUAUAUUCCGAAGUUCGUUAUCUGUCAGGCUGCGUUUUUACUCUUAUUACAGGGAAAGAAAGCGAAUGUUGAUAGAAUAGCCAAGUUAUUGAAGAAAAGUUCAGCGGACAAUGAAUUACGUGCCAGGACCGCCGCUUUCGGCGCAGCUUUGGCUUUGAAAACGGUAUAAAUUGAAUAUCAAAACAAAGUUCUGUUUUCUCAUGCACUAGAUGCGACUAGACAAAGCCCACGUAUUGCUGGAGCAGACGACCAAAUGCCCUCCUAUAAUCUCAACAUCCAUUCGUGUUUGCGUUUUUUCGAAGGAGGCGAAGGUCGACGAGGCGCUGAAAGAGUUAGAAAGGACGUUGACCCACGAGGAGAUACUCUUCGACACCGAAAACUACAGCAUUUCUGAGGAAGCGGUGAAUAUAAGAUGACUGGAAAAGAUUAUAAGAAAAAGUUUCAGCUUGACACACUACACUCAGUGAUCAAGGAACUCCCUGAAACGUCCCAUCAGGUUUUCAUAGAUUUAAUUCUUUCAUUUGAACAGUAAGAGGGUUAAUUUAAAACUUUACUCAUGUUAGAAAGGAAGAUAGAACAUCGAUUAAGAGCAAGAAAAAAAAAGAAAUGGGAGUAAAUAAAUAACUUGAGAUAAUUUUGAAAAGGCAAAAAAUUUGCUAAAACGGCUAUUUGAAACAAAGCUUUUCCUUGAGUUACUUCUCGAUUUCGCUCAUUUUUUAUAGUUCUGUUUAAGAAAAUUCAACCCCUUCAAGUUAUCACUUCAGGUUAUCUUAUCACUGGAAAAAUGAACUUCGUUUUAGAAAUUUUGUUAAGCUGUGUUUUUUUCAAUCUAAAUAUUAAAGUUUUUGAGAUGAAAAAGUUCCGAACCCUUCAACGAAUGAUCACUCGCUACGGUCGACGUUCCAAAAAGAGCAUCGACGAGUGUCUGAAUUCGCCCUUCACCCUGCGAUCAGUCGAUUUCGAUCCACCAGCUCCGCCUCGAGAUGGCCUUAUCUCCGACAAGACCAUAAGAGAUAUCCCACACUUUUUGGCGGGCGAACAAAAGUAA